CCGUAGGCGGCGGGAGAAAGACGCACAGAGAUGAGGAAAACAGCUCUGUACAUGCUUUCAAGACGACGAUCCUUUUCAUCGGACCCAGAAAUCCCAACCCUUUACUCCUUCCUCCAACCUUCAAUUUUCUCACUCAAGAGAACCACCAAUCACCGGCAGCAACCAAUCAUCCCUCCACCCAAUUCCCAACAAAACCCCGCUUCCAACCCCCAAAAAUCCAAUCUCGAAUCCACCCUCCAGCAAUCCCUCUCCGACAACAACACCGACGAGGCCUGGAAAUCGUUCAAAUCCCUAACAAGCUGCUCCUCCUUCCCCAGUAAGCCCCUCACAAACUCCUUAAUUACACACCUGUCCUCCCUCCCCAACACCCACAAUCUCAAGAGGGCAUUUGCUUCAUCAGUUUUCUUGCUGGAGAAAAACCCAUCUCUAUUAGAACACAAAAGCGCGGCGGCCCUUUUGGAUUCCAUGAGAACCGCCAACGCCGCCGCACCUGCUUUCGCAUUGGUUAAGAGCAUGUUCAAGAACAGAUUCUUCAUGCCGUUUGAGAUGUGGGGAUCUGUGCUCGUCGAUAUUUGUCGUAAAAAUGGGAGCUUUGCUCCCUUCUUGGGAGUUUUCCAUGAGAGCUGCAGGGUUGCUUUUGAUGAGAAGAUUAAUUUCAUGAAGCCUGAUUUGGUUGCUUGUAAUGCUGCAUUGGAGUGUUACUGUCGAGAAGUCGAAUCGGUUGUUGGUGCGGAGAAAUUGGUCGAAACUAUGUCGGUUCUAGGGGUUAGGCCGGACGAGAUCAGUUUCGGUUUACUUGCUUAUUUGUACGCUUUGAAGGGGCUCGAUGAGAAGGUGGUUGAGUUAGAGGGUUUGAUUUGUAAGCUUGGUGUUUCUGAUAAACGACACUUUACUCAUAGUUUAAUUUGCGGCUAUUUGAAAUCGGGCAAGUUCGAAUCGGUUUCUGAUGCGGUACUGCGCGGUUUGAAAGAAGGGGAUGGGCUAGGGUUUAGUCAAGAAACUUGUAACGAAGUGGUGAAAGGGUUUGUGCAGAACGGCGAUUGCAAUUGCAAGAGUUUAGCCGAUUUGAUAAUCGAAACCCAAAAACUCGAACCUUCAUCUAUUACGGUGGAGCGAACUUUCGGAUACGGUGUGAUCACUGCCUGUGUUAAUCUAAGUUUACUAGACAAGGGUCAUUCGAUUCUUGAUGAAAUGAAUGCUCAAGGGGCUACGAUCGGCCUAGGCGUUUACGUGCCGAUUCUGAAGGCUUACUGCAAAGAGCAAAGAACAGCCGAAGCUGCUCAAUUAGUGACGGAACUUUCUAGUUUAGGACAAAGGUUGGAUCUUUGUACCUACGAUUCCCUAAUCGAGUCGUCAAUGUCGAGCCAAGAUUUUCAGUCUGCGUUUUCGAUCUUUCGCGACAUGAGAGAAGCAAGAAUGCACGACUUGAAAGGCAGUUACUUGACGAUCAUGACGGGCCUAACCGAGCAUCAUCGGCCCGAAUUAAUGGCCGCUUUUCUCGACGAGGUUGUUGUGGACCCUAGGAUCGAGAUAGGUACUCAUGACUGGAAUUCGAUUAUUCACGCUUUUAUUAAGGCUGGGAGAUUGGAGGACGCGAGGAGAACUUUCCGGAGGAUGGUUUUCUUGCAGUUCGAGCCGAACGAGCAGACGUAUUUGUCGCUUAUUAACGGGUUCGUGAGCGUGGAGAAGUACUUUAGCGUAUUGAUGCUGUGGAACGAGGUUAAGAGGAAGGUUUCGUGUAGUGGAGACGGAAAGUUUCGAUUGGAUAGUAGCUUGGUCGAUGCGUUUUUGUACGCUUUGGUGAAGGGCGGGUUUUUCGAUGCUGUGAUGCAAGUGGUGGAGAAAUCGCAAGAGAUGAAGAUAUUUGUCGACAAGUGGAGGUACAAGCAAGCGUUCAUGGAGAAGCAUAAGAAGCUGAACGUGUCGAAGGUGAGGAAGAGGAAUUUCAAGAAAAUGGAAGCUUUGGUUGCUUUCAAGAAUUGGGCUGGUUUGAAUUCUUGAUUUAGUGUCGCGUCGGCAUUUUUUUGUGUAAAGGCGAAACUUUUUUAAAGAAGGUUUAUCGGUUCGAACAUCGAACAAAAGUCCAUCGUACGCGGUUUAUCGGUGCUCCUUUUUAGGGUGAUGAGUUGAUUUCGUUUGUUGCAAUCGAAAAUAAUCGGAUAAUUACCGUUUUGUUUUUUGCCUUAGUAGGAUUCACGUGUCGAUUUUGACGAUAAAGGUCGAUUUUUGUACCUGUGUAUUGUUGUGAAGUAAGAAUGGGAACUUCUUCUUCAUCAAAAAGCUCCAUGAAUGAAUAAUGUGUAUGAUUAGAAU